GAGUACGGUUAAGUUGUUCAAGAAUACGCGCGUGUUUGUGAAACAAUUAAAUUAAGAGGGGGAAGUGUUCAUUUGAUUCAUAUUGAGGAAAAGCUAAUACGAAUGCAAAGAAAAAAAAAAACAAAUUGGUUGAAUACAAAAUUAAAGAUUUGUGCGAAAAAUAAAACACUUCUUGCAUUGUAAAUUAUUGGGUGUGUAUUUAAGUAUUUACCAUACAUCUUAUUUGAGCAAACAUUUUUAAUUAAGUCACACAAAGGUAAUUGAACUGUCUCACGUCGAUUUGACGCAGUCACAGUAGUUGUUCAUUGAACACCCCGCGCGUUUCUUCAUGAUACAUUUAGGCGUUUACAAACGUACGCACUAGUAUGUACGCAUAAAAGAGCGUAUGCACUUAUGCACAAUUACCGGCAACCGCAACAAAGUCGAUGUCGGCAGUUGCAUUUGUGUAAUGCACACCAACACACACCUCCAUUAGUUUUCGGCGUAUCAGUAUCUAGUAAUACGAUUGUUGCGUCGCGUAUCUUGGCCAUGCCGGUUUGUCUGAUUGUUGGUGGCAUGACUCUACUCAUACACAAACUUUAGUGCCAUCAAUCGAGCCGCACGCCGCCUUUUAUCAUACAUUUGUCGUAGAGCCGCAGCCGUCACCAUUCACCUCGCUAUCAUUGUAAAUGCUGCCAUUUGUCAUUCCGUGCGUCGAUAUCAAAGAUAAAUAAUAAAAACAAGAACCAUAAAAAGAUUACGAAAAUACAUACAUAGGUAUGUACAUAUGUGCAUAUGUGUUUAUAAUUGCUGAAUCAACCACAACUCUUUAUUAAUUACACAACUAUCGAAUGCAUUUAAUGCCGAACUCGGUUUCACUCAUCGGCCUGCAUUGAGUAAAUUACAAUUAAGUUGAGGCAAUAACAAGUGCAUAAGGCCUCGUUCGUAUGUACGUAGUGCAUACACAUGGACACAAAAACAAAAAAGAUGCCUUGUUAAAAAGUGCAACGCCGAAAAAACCGAAACUAACAACUAAAUCAACAACUUCGAAUACAGGCAUUAAAUAAACUUACGGCCGCCAUCGAAUCGGUCUGCCCGGUCUCGCCGUAGACUCAACCGAAAAGUGCAAAACAUAGGUGUAUGUAUGUAUGUGCAUACCUACAUGAGACUUAAGGAAUAACAAAUAUUAGUCGGUAAACAAUAAAUAUUUGCUUAUGUGCAAAGUGAAGUGAACAUUUUGAAUUGAAGAGUGUGUGGUGGGCAUUUUUUAUCCAUUACUCAGCCGUGGCCCCUCAUGCGUAUGCAUGUAUGUAUGUGCAUUUGUUUGCCCACAUUCCAUUCGUAGUAGCGCGGUGGCGAAGUGUAAAAUUUCUGUGAAAAACUAUUAAAACCACCGUCUUUGCAUCGUACGCGAUUUCCGCAGUAUAUUUGAGCAGCCAAUGUUGCCAUUACCAUCUCGCAAUCAUCAUUAAGCAUUAGCGAAGAUAAGAGCUGAAAGGCUUAUUCUGCAUUUAAUAAGAAUUACCUAAAAACGAAAUGGAUUAUUGCUGCAUUGUAAAUUGGUUAUUCGCCGCUGUUGUUUGUGUGCUCCAACUGAUAGCGUCUUCCAUGGCAGAUUCAUCGCGUUUCAUUACCACGCCACAAAGUCAAACAGUCGUCGAAGGCGAUCCCGUUGUGUUUAAUUGUCGCGCGACAUCCGUCGAUGAACUCCACUACACUUGGCUGCACAACAAUGUACCCGUAGAAAAUUCGACACGUGUGCGACAAUUUAAAUCGAAUCUUCAUAUUGAGGCAGCGCAACGUGAAACUGACAUUGGUGAUUACGUUUGUAUAGCGACGAGUGCGACAAGUGGAGCACGUCAAGCAUCACCUCCGGCAAGGCUCAAUAUCAUUUGGAUACAAACGGCUACCGUUCAAUUGUUGAGCGGCAAUCGCAAUGAAGUCACUCUCAAGUGCCACGUCGAGGGCUCUUCUGGCGACGGAAUGCUCGAAAUCGAAUGGUUCCGCAACAGCGAAAAAUUGAGUACUCUCAAAAACAUCGAGCUACAGCAAAAUCGUCUCAUUAUACGUAAACCGAAUGCUGCCGAUAGCGGCUUUUAUCGUUGCAUUGCCUCCAAUGCUGCAGGACGUGCGAUGAGCAAAAAAGGUUAUGUACUGCAAUGGUCGAACAUUGAUGGUGGAUUGCCUGAGCGUGCCAUUAUCGGUGGUGGCAGAAAUGGCAAUACCGCCUUCACCUCUUCCAAUUGCAUAGAGCGUCUCAAGAAGAUUCAAAAAUUGCCCAUGGAAAUAAUGAAUGAAAUGCUCCUUUGCCGCGGCAAGCGUGGUGGUCAAAUGGAUGAAGACAAAUUGCCGCCCAUCACAGAUGUUACCAUCAGGGAGGGACCGGCUAGUAAGCACGUCAAAGAGAAUGAGCCCAUCGAAUUAGUCUGCUCCCACUCGGUGCCGCAAAAAUAUCGCCAAGUGCAACUACGUUGGCGGAAAGACGGUAAAGUUUUUCGUAUGAUGGAGCUCGGUGCAGCUACCACAGCCUCUACUUCUACACCUACCGAUACGGGCAAGGAAUUGACGAUGCGCGAGGAUUCGCGCAUAGUUCUCAGUCGAACUAAUGGUUCCCUACUGUUCAACAAUGUGUUUGCAAGCGAUGCCGGACAAUAUGUUUGUCAAAUCUACGUGGAAGGUCAUCGGCCGAUUACUUCGGAGCCUGGUGAGCUACAAGUCAUCGAACAGUUAAAGUUCGUGCCACAGCCGACGUCAAAGAACUUGGAGCUGGGCAGUGUGGGAAAGGUGCAUUGUAAGGCGCAGGGAACACCACCACCACAAGUAAAAUGGAUACGGGAAUCUGAUGGUCAAUUGUCCGAGACAGUCGAUGACAUCAACGGUACGUUAAUAUUCAAGAACGUUAGCGCCGAGCAUCGUGGCAAUUACACCUGUGUUGCGAGCAAUUCGCAAGGGCAAAUCAAUGCCACCGUCACUGUGAAUGUAGUAGUGGCGCCGCGCUUCUCUGUUGCGCCCGAAGGUCCCAUCGAAACGGGUGAAAUGGGGGUGGCGGUCAUGCAUUGUCAAGCUAUUGGUGAUCCCAAACCCACAAUACAGUGGGACAAGGACUUGAAAUAUUUAAGUGAGAAUAAUACUGACAAGAAUCGUUUUCGUUUUCUGGAGAAUGGCACGCUCGAAAUACGUGAUGUACAUAUGGACGAUGAGGGUCGUUACGGAUGUACGAUUGGUAACAGUGCCGGACUGAAGCGCGAGGAGGUACGCUUUGUUGUUAAAUCCUCUGACGGUGCUGCUUCCGAAGAAACAGGUGAUGGCUUUCUUAUCACACGCGCUGUUCUUAUUACAAUGUCUGUAGCCCUGGCUUAUAUAGUUCUGGUUGUUGGCUUAAUGAUUUGGUGCCGCUUCCGCCGUCAAGCACGUAAGGCACGCUUAAACGAAGCUAAUAAAGAUAACCCCGAAUCUGGUGAACUAGGCAAAUUGCCCGAAAAUGAGCCUUGCCUGCCAGAGCACGUGUCCUCUGGAAAGACUCGUAAAGUAAAUGGCAAUAAUAACCCUCGUGGCAGCGGCAACGAGGCAGCAAAAUCCGACGACACGGCUUGUAGUAACCACUCGAAGGGCUCAAAACGUUCACACGCCCUGGAUCAGUUGGCCUUGCCACGUUCAGGUAUCAGUGAGCUUAUACAAAUAGGACGGGGCGAGUUUGGUGAUAUAUUUGUAGGCAAAGUAAAGGCGUCGGUUAUUCGUCAGGUGGACGAAAAAGAUAUCGAAACAGACAGACAUAAUAACGGUGAAAAUAAUGGUACAAUCACUUCAAUCGAAAAGCGACGUUCGAAAACAUCAAUGGAUGACAUUGAAGAGAUACGAGAAGAACAAGAAACCGGCAGUGCCGAUGGUGAUACUACAUCUACAACAACAGAUGAAUACAAAUUAGUGUUGGUUAAGGCAUUGAAUAAAUUUAAGGAUGAAAAUAUUUGUCAGGAAUUCAAAAGACAAAUCGAUAUGUUUCGCGCUAUUUCACAUAAGGGCGUGGUCCGAUUGUUUGGCAUCUGCCGCGAGAAAGAUCCACAUUAUAUGGUGCUGGAAUACACAGACUGGGGUGACCUGAAACAAUUCCUUCUGGCCACUGCCGGCAAAGUAAAUACCUCAAAUAAUUCUGCACAAUCGCCUCCACCACUCCAGACGGGGCAAAUUUUGGCGGUAGCAUACCAAAUUGCGCGUGGCAUGGAUGCCAUUUACAGAUCGCGAUUUAUACACAAGGACUUAGCUACCCGCAACUGUGUCAUCUCCAGUGAUUUUAUUGUGAAAGUCUCAUACCCCGCUUUAUCCAAAGACAAAUACAGUCGAGAAUACUACAAGCAUCGCAACACUCUAUUGCCUGUUCGCUGGCUGGCGCCUGAAUGUAUUCAAGAGGAUGAUUACACAACAAAGAGUGAUAUUUUUGCAUUUGGUGUUGUUGUUUGGGAGCUAUUCAGCCAGGCCACGAAAUUACCUUUCGAAGAGCUGAGUAACGAAGAGGUUAUACAACGCAGUCAGUCUUGCAAAUUGCAGUGGGCAUGUGCGAAUGGCACACCAGAUAGUUUGAAAGAGAUUUUGCUCACAUGUUGGAACUUAAAUCCGAAAGAGCGACCAUCAUUUAGUCAACUCUGCUCAGCACUCAGUAAAGCAAUGCAAAAUGGUGAUAAAUAAAUAUACUUUUCUUAUUUAUAAUUUAUUCAACAUAUUUACCUUAAAAUAUUUAUGUAAUUUUAUUUUACUUAUAAGUUGAGAAGCUGAGAAUCUAUAUAUAAUUUUUGGGGGCUUUAGUGGUA